CAGGGUCCAGAUUUGGUCCAUGAAAAUCGUGAGUUGUUACACCGUUGAUCAUUGCCAAAGCUCGCCAUAUGAUGAGGUAGAGAGAUGGUCGUCCAUUCGUCUUUCUUCAUAGCAGCUACCGACCUCUCUCCUACAAGGGCAUCUAAAGACGAACAAGAUCUGGAGCAGAUCUAUUCCACAUCAAGGGCGUUGGAGAGCAAAGUAUUGAAACAUGGUAGCUGUCUCUUUAAACAAGAAAGCUUUGAAGAAAGAGCACUUCUUGUGGCAACUUUUAAACAUUGAAAAGGAUAUGAAGAAGAUGAAUGAUGACCUUGAAGGAGAAAAUGAGAACCUUCAAGAGGUUUUGAAGGUACAGGAGGAAUGUGAACUUGAAGCAAUUGCUAAGAAGAAAGAACAAGCUGGUUAUUUGAAAGAUGUGAUGCAGUGCGAAAAGAAGAUUGCGAAGAAAAAAGUUGAACUUGAUAAAAGGAAUACAAACAUGGAUAAGAGUUGGAUAUAAAUUAGAAAUAGGGUUUCGAAAGAGUAUAUAGAAGAAAUCGAGGAGUUCAUGAAGGUAACAAGACGUCAUAUAAAUGGACUUAAUAGCACCCGAUGUCCGACCGACUCAGUUAGAGGAAAUGUUGCAUACCCUUAUAUCACAACAACUCCAAUCACAUCCUCAGUGGUAAGUUGAAUGUCAC